GUAGCAUUACAUAUCUAUAUUUGUCUUGAAUCCUUAUAAUUCAUCAUGCUGCUAAUACCUCCUAGAAUUAGCAUAUUCCAAUCUUCAUCCGAAAUAUUAACUUGGCUAUAGGAUGAAGUAGUUGCUGGCAUUGAAUCACGCAUAGCUGCUUGGACAUUUCUUCCUGUAGGUAAAUUUUUGUGUAUCAGAUUUACACUUUCGUAUGUUAUCCUGAAAGGACUAGGAACUUCAUUUGGGUAUGUGACCAACAAUGUUGUACCCAGAAAACGGAGAAGCUAUGCAAAUACUGCAUUAUAAGCACAGUCAGAAGUAUGAGCCCCAUUAUGAUAUUUUCCACGACAAGGCUAAUCGGGAGUUGGGAGGUCACAGGGUGGCUACAGUACUAAUGUAUCUGUCAAAUGUUGAGAAGGGUGGGGAAACAGUUUUCCCCAGAUCAGUGGAAGACACCCAGACAAAGGAUGAUAGUAUGUCAGAUUGUGCUAAGCAAGGUUACUCAGUGAAGCCUGAAAAGGGCGAUGCUUUGCUCUCUUUCAGUCUCCAUCCUGAUGCAACUACAGAUUCACUGAGCUUGCAUGGGAGCUGUCCUGUGAUUGAGGGUGAAAAGUGGUCUGCUACCAAGUGAAUUCACAUAAGAUCAUUCGAUGUACCACAAACCACAAACAAGGUCUGCACCGAUGAACAUGAGAAAUGUGCUCUGUGGGCUGCUGCAGGUGAAUGCGAAAGGAAUCCUCACUACAUGGUUGGUUCCAAGGUUGAGAAGGGAUAUUGUAGGAAGAGUUGCACUGUGUGUUCUUCCUAAGAAUCUAUCCAGGAACUUACAUUGGCCUUCAUUUUUUUUAAUAAAGCAAAGAAUUGUACUUUUUUGUGCUUUGUUUUUCGCAUAUGUUUCAAGUAAAAAAAAGUGGAAGAAACUAGUUUAUAUUGAUCUCAGC